AUGGCGGACGAAAGUACACCACUAAUUACACCCGAGGACCCACAUCUCAAGUCCCAGCACAGCCUACUUGAACGCAUUCCCGCUAAGAAGUUUACCUAUUUCAUCAUCCCAACUAUCUUCAUCUGUUUCUUCAUAUUUAGAUUCUACCAGUUUGAAGCCAAAGUUGCUUCAACAUCCUUGCUUGGCCCUUCAUUGACGUUAAGAUUAUACACGAACAACAUUAGAUACGAUAACGUCAACUACCGAGACCCGCACGAAAAGUUAUGGACUAAGCGCCGUGUUCAAAGCAUUAAUUCUAUGGAGUUUAAUACCGCCAUUGGACAUGCUAAUGUCAUUUGUUUACAAGAGGUGCUUGUUAAUCAGUUGCAUGAUAUCUUGAACGGGUUAAAUGCUAACGAUGAUGACCAGUGGGCUUAUUAUGGCGUUGGCCGCACAGAUGGGUUAGAAGCUGGCGAGUUUGCCCCAAUUCUAUUCAAACACAAGGACUUUCUUGUUUUGGAAAACACUACGUUUUGGUUGAGCCCCACACCUGAUAGACCCAGUAAAGGGUGGGAUGCAGCUUUAGAAAGGAUUGUAACUAUGGUGACUUUUCAAAGCAAAUUGAAUCCAUUGAUCAAAUUCAACGUGUUCAACACUCACUAUGACCAUCGUGGGCAUAUCGCUAGACGCAGGUCGUCGCAAUUGAUUGUGGACAAAAUGAAGAAUUACAAUGCGUAUCCCUCGUUUCUCUGUGGUGAUUUCAACACAGAGCCAAGAGACGAACCUUAUGGAAUAUUGACUGCUGCUGGGUUCAAAGAUAGUAGAAUUUUGAUCGAUAAGCGAUUUUCUUAUGGACAUGAAACUACAUUUACCGGAUUCGACAUCACUAAUGAGCCAUAUUCAAUCAUUGAUUAUAUUUGGUCGCCUUACUUCACCAAGCAACAUCCUAUUAGUAAUUCACCCUAUGGAGAUGAAACUGCAAAAGAAGAAUUGUCAAUGAACAACUAUUACAAUUUGAAUCAUCACGAGUAUUAUUCGAUCGAGUUGAAACAAUUUGGAAUCUUGAGCAACUACUUGAAGGGGUUCCAUUUUUCGGAUCACCGUCCAGUGGUUGCUACGUAUGAGAUUGAAAGAACGAGAUUGUUUUAG